CGUGACAACAACAUGUCCGUAACCACGUCUGUGCAGCCAUCAACUGAAAGUCUUUCUCGCCAUGGAAGCAACAUCUCUCUGUCCUGCCACAGCCUGUGCGGAAGUGUGGACGAUGGUCUCCAAGGUUCGCAUCCUCAGUACCAGGACACUAUCCUUACCAUCGAGGAACUUCGUGCUCAACUGAACUCUUGCUUCACAUGCGGGGUUUCGUGGAGCGAAGAACACGUAUCUCUUGACUGCAGCGAGUGUGGUGGAUACUCCCUUCAACGGCCCUGCCCACUUUGCGACGGACGUUGCCACACCGUGUGGAAACGUGACCUCACCAUGUCCCACGCCAGUGGUAAAGCAAGAUGGAUCGGCGAAUGCGGACUGAGUUGCGGCCCAUCUCUCGAGGAGUCAUUGGUGCCAGCGUUGGAGAAACUACGAGCUACUUCGUGAACGAUGCUCGGCGACAAACGUAUAGAAAGACGUCGUGUAUUGUCAUCCAGCACAAGACUUAAUCCAUCACCAUCCAUAUAGUGUCAUCCACUAUCAUUGUGCGAAUCGGAAGCGUGUGAAUGUGGAUUCUGAUUACAUUAGAUGAUACAUUAUGUUCCUGAGUAGGAGAGAACGGAUGGACGACAGUACAACUGUGAAAACCAUUCUUACACCACAGCUUCCUCAGUCUACGAUGCAUUACCAGGAACGGUCAUUUGGCAGAUUCCUUUGCAAAAGUUGAAACGAACGUCACCGGUUCCUCGUCGUCAUCGACGUCUUGAAUACCACAAGCAACUACGUGGACUUAUGGCUACUGGCGAUAGGCGUCUCGAUAGAUUACAUUCGAGAAACUUUGUUGCAAUGCGUUGGAUGUCUUUGUGCUUUUUAAAUCCUGAGCUAUAUUUCGUACGGACUGUACAAGUCUCUAUAGUAGCGUUAAUUGUAUUACCAGAUUUACGUUUUAAACAGUGAAAAAAUAAAUGUGUAAGUCUUCGUACUGUUUGGAAGAAUUCACUUUGUAGUCACGUUUUGUUGACCUGACACUAGUAAACCCCUAUAAAUUGAAUCUAUAUGAACUGUGACACUUGAACGAAAUAUAAUUGCAUAUGAGCGUUAAGCAUGAAACGUAGCUUCAGAAAUGUACGUCAAUGCGUUCAAUAGAUCUACAAGGGAUCUCUUUCAAGUU